AUGGAUCGCAUCUUUGCUAUUGCUGCAUACUCUUUGGCCGAACUCAUUUGUUUCUUUGUUGGGAUCAUUCUUGGGAUCACUCGCUAUUACAAUGGGUUGCGUUUCCACAAUAUCUACAAAUUCUCCCUUUCAACAAAACAAUUCGUCGGAGAGUUUCUCGUUUUCGUACUCGCUGAAGGCCUCAUCGGUUGCCUCAUUGGGCUCUGCGAAAGGCAGAAAUUCAAGCCUGCACCGACGUCACUUCAACCAAUUAUUGGGUUGCUAGUAUCAACAUUGCUUAUUGGUUUGAUCUGUGAGGUCUACAUUCGGUGGAACCUUCACUGGAAGUCUUUACAGACUUUUCUAGCAUCUCGCCCGCUUUCUGUCUUUGUUGCAGCCCUCUAUCUUAUCAUCAUCCUUGUCUUGGUCCCCUUAGGUCUCUGGUUGUUGCUUUCUAGAUACAACGAGCCUGUUGGACGCGUUUUGGUAGCGUUAGGAAGUUUCUUUGUACACCUAACCUUCGUCGUCAUUCCUUUAUAUCUGAUGUGGCAAUCUCAACGCACACAAAGAUUAUCGAUACCCGUCUGGAAACGGUCUUUCUUAUAUCCGGGGCUUUUUGGAAGCUUUGUGGGAAUAGUAGGUAUCGUACUCUCAGUCCGUCUUCAUCAACUGCAUCUGUUCUUUCUGGGAGAAAAUAUCAUAACGGCUAUCCAACUCAUUUCAUGGAUUCCAUUGCUCAUUUGGAACUCCCUUGCCAAAGGACGGACAAAGAAUGAAGGAGUUAAAGAUGAGACUCUAAAGACCCCCCGCUCAUGCCUCAAGACCUCCAGUUCAUGCGGAACUCUAGAUACCACUGGGCGUGAUCAACCACAAACUAAAAGAGACGACGAUAUUCCUUCUGGACAAGGGUCACAGUUGGACGCAUUGAUACCAUUCGAAGACUGGAAAACGGAGGCAUCGAACGACGAAAACAAUGGUUAUUCAAUUCUGUCAUAUCGCCGCUCUGAUGGAACAACAACUCACAAGCGGGUAUCCAUGCCAAUGACUCAGUCAAAUUCCAGUGAACCGCAACGACUAUUACCAGUUCUUCGUCCCGUUCAUUUGAAGUCAACGAUCGAUCACAAGGGUCAGCCUGACAAAGAAGACGAAGAAGACGAAGAACACAAACAAAUUCCAAUAGCGGGCAAUGUUUGUUGCAAAUUCGAUCAAGGUGUUGAUAUAAGAAGCAAUUGGUUCCCGAAUUUGGGACUACGUGGACUUACCACAGUGGAGAAGGUGUCUAAAGUCGAGCUAUCCACAUUAUUAAAGGAGCAUGCUCGGGAUAUGGAGCUGGCUAAUCCAUGGGAUGAAGAAUUUCACAAUUUUACUGACGAUGGCCCUGCACCCUGGCUUGACUCACAAACGGAUACUCGACAAUGCAUUCUCACACUCUUUCACCUUUUGAGACGUGGUUGCGAAUACUCUUCAUUGAGUUAUUCAAGAGUCUCUCUGGCAUUCGAGAAGACAAUGCAACACAUGGGAGACAUCCUUCAAGAAUCAUUCACAGAUACGGAACAGCCGGUGGCCGGAGUGUUGUGCUCAGCAUCCACAGGUUACAACUGCAAAACGGUUCUCAACGUUUUAAUCAUGUUCAUGACUAUUGGAGCAAGGUUCAUGAUUCAGGAUUACUGUGGUCAGGUGGUGAUGGGCAGUCUUGAACACGUCCAAGAGCACUCCGAUGACAUGGUGGAUUUGUAUUUUGAAGUCAGUGACGGUCCCUCUGUCAUUUUUGGAGGUUGGCUUGGAUGGCUCCCAUUUAUGUGGGCAGCCGGUCCGAAGGGACCGAAGAUAACCUUAUCAGAAGACGGGCUUGCAUUACCGCCUUCAUGGUUCUUAGGCGAGGCUCCGCAUGUCAGCAGCUCUGUGAAUUCGGACCGGGAUGACUAA